GGGAGGAAGUUGUAGCCAGCCUCAAAGUGCUGGUCUUGCUCAGACGAACUGCCUUCCCACUUGUGCAGGUGCAAACCCAAGCAGCGUUCCUGUUGGCGAUGGAGCUGGCGAGACUGCUUGGCCUGGAAGAAACGAAGAUGGCGACGGAGCAGGAGAAGCACAUGCUGAGGCUGCUCAUCCCUCUCGCUAAACUUUAUACUGCAAAGCAGGCUAUCGCUGUGGCCUCAGAAGGCCUGGAGUGUUUCGGAGGACAGGGCUACAUGGAAGACACAAGCCUGCCUGCCAUUCUUCAGCAUACCCAGGUGCUAUCAAUCUGGGAGGGAACCACGAACAUCCUGUGCCUGUAUGUUCUGCGCUGCAUUUUCAAGAGCCAAGGAAAAGUGCUGGAUGUCUUUUUCUCCACUGCCCAGGUAAGCACCAAUAAAUGAGUUUCUCACACCACCUAUAAAUGUUAAAAUUUGAGAUGUGCUUGUUAGGAGCAACAGGCUCAGUUGGCCUCAUGUAAAACUGUGGUGGUCCUUGUUGACGUUGAUGUGCUGCUAUUUAAUGCGUGAGAACAUAUGAUUGGGGAGGCAUUGUAUUAAGUAAAUCUGAGCUAAAUGCCAAUGAUUUAAGAUCAGUUCUGCUAGG